AAAAAGCCAGGCUGCGCGCUGCGACCACCGUGUUGUCAGCGAGGGGAGACGUGGUAAACUCGCUGGGAUCUAUUCUCGCCGACUGCCCUUUCUCUCGAUCCCUCUUCGCCCCCGCGCCCUCUGCAGCCAAUAGUUCUCUCCCGGGCGCUCUGCCCGGCCUGCGGAGACGGACGGACGGACAGCGCUGCCUCCCGACGGCUCCUCUGCGGGGCUUGCCUCUUGGACCCCCGGGGCGGGGUGGUGGGGGGAGACAAGGCGCUCAGUAAGUAGCUUGGCUGCCCGAGCCGUCUGGUGAAGCGAGAGGCGCGGAAGAGACCGAAGCGGCGCUCCAGCGAGGGGGUGGAUUUCCAAGCACGCUUCCAGCCGUGGGGACCGGCUGAGCGCUGGAAAAGCGCAGCCGCGAGCUUGCGGGUCGCCGGAGAAAGCCCUGCUUGGAAAACACAAUGACACAACAAGGCUGAAGGCUGGGCUGGGAAAGUCAUCCUUUGUAUCAGAUCAGAUCCAACAGUGACAUUGCCACCAGUGUGCGGUGUGUCCCCCUUGCCAUGGCUAAGAGUGCAGAAGUAAAACUGGCCAUCUUUGGCCGAGCUGGAGUAGGAAAGUCAGCUCUCGUUGUACGUUUUCUGACCAAACGGUUCAUUUGGGAGUAUGACCCUACUCUUGAGUCCACUUAUCGUCAUCAAGCCACCAUUGAUGAUGAAGUUGUUUCCAUGGAAAUACUAGAUACAGCUGGGCAGGAGGAUGUCAUUCAGAAGGAAGGGCAUGUACGGUGGGGUGAAGGAUUUGUGCUGGUGUAUGACAUCACAGAUAGAGGCAGCUUUGAAGAAGUCCUUCCCCUAAAGAACUUGUUAGAUGAAGUCAAAAAACCCAAGAACGUUACUUUGAUCCUAGUUGGGAACAAAGCAGACCUGGACCACUCCAGGCAGGUCAGUACUGAAGAAGGGGAGAAGCUGGCCACGGAACUAGCUUGCGCCUUUUACGAAUGCUCUGCAUGUACAGGAGAAGGCAACAUUAUGGAAGCUUUUUAUGAGCUUUGCCGGGAAGUGCGACGCCGCAAAAUGGUUCAAGGCAAGACUCGGAGGCGAAGUUCCACUACUCACGUGAAGCAAGCAAUUAACAAGAUGCUUACCAAAAUUAGCAGCUAAAAUACCUGGGUUUUUUCUUUCUUUCAAAAGAGGUGUAUUUUGCAGGAAGAGGGAACAGAAGGCUUAACCGUGUUUGUCAAUAGGAUGGUCAAAGCUUUGCAUCAUCAUCAUCAUCAUCAUCCCAUCACCUCAUUAUUCUUGAAGUUGAGAGAUGCAAAGGAAGUUUCAGGAAUGGUAAUACAUGCUCUGCUCCAGUUUUGUUGAUCGCCAAAUCAUAUCGUUAAAAAAAGUAUGUGUGGAAGAUGUAUCAGACUGUAUCAGGAAUUUACCCAUCACCACUGGUUUUGUAUGCUCACGUGUGGCUCUUAUAUGAUGGCUUAUCAUUGUCUAAGAGGUGACCAUCAAGUCUUUAUGGGAUGCAGUAGCUUUCUAACUCUGGUAAGUGCACCACCACAGCCUCCAGAAAGCCACUUCAUAAGCCAUUGACAUGAGAUGUCCAAAGAAAUGGAACAUUACCACACAACUUCAUCUAGUCCAAACAUCCAAGCGAGGAAAAAGAUGUUAAUAAUGAAUGUGUGAAUUGGUCAAUUUCAAUUUUACUUAAUUUUGCCUUUUUUCAACCAUAAAUUCAUUUUCUUCUACA